CAAGCUCUGAUACCAUAUAGAAUACGCUGAAUGAAUUCUUAUUAAGUAUGUAGAAGGUAUUUAUACAUAAAUACAUGUAGGGUUUAUAAGACUACUAAGUAAUUACAAAGAGAUCCUUGAAGUCUAUAUUAUUUACUUAACAUAUUGAACCAAACCAAUAUGAAUGUAUGUCACUUAGAUGUGAUAAGUGAAAGGUUAUGCAACCAAAAGGUUCUUAUCGUUCUUGAUGAUGUAGAUAGUCUUGAUCAGCUAGAUGCUCUAGCUAAAGAUAUAUAUCAUUUUGGUUCCGGAAGUAGGAUUAUUGUGACUACGAAAGAUCAAGAGCUUUUGGAAAGAUAUGGCAUUACCAAUACAUACCAUGUGGGUUUUCCAUCUAAUGGAGAAGCUCUUGAGAUCUUCUGUAGAUAUGCUUUUAGAAGAAACUCUCCAAAAUAUGGUUUUGAAAAGCUGGCAAUAAGAGUAACAGAGCUUUGCGGUAAUCUUCCGUUAGGUCUACGUGUUGUGGGCUCAUCUUUAGGUGGGAAAAGUGGGGAUGAAUGGGAAGUUAUUAUCCAUAGGCUAGAAACUAGUCUUGAUGAAGAUCUUGAGAGAGUAUUAAGAGUCGGAUAUGAGACUUUACAUGAGAAAGAUCAAGCUCUGUUUCUUCACAUUGCUAUAUUUUUCAACAACAAAGACCAAGAUUACGUAAAAUCCAUGCUCCAUGACUGUAAUUUGAAUGUUGAACAUGGGUUGAGAAACCUAGUCAAUAGAUCUCUCAUAGACAUAUCUACCAAUGGAGAAAUAGUGAUGCACAACUUACUACAACAAAUGGCUAGACAAGUCAUUCAAAGACAAGAACCUUGGAAACGCCGCAUUUUAAUUGAUCCUCAUGAGAUUUGUGAUAUUCUUGAAUAUGAGACAGGGACUAGAACAGUGUGUGGCAUAUAUUUCGAUACAUCAGAAAUAGGCGAAGUGUUUGUAAGCAAGGGAGCUUUAAAAAGAAUGAGUAACCUUCAGUUCCUGACAGUCCACAAAAGAAAACACUGUGAAAAAGACAUAGUGUGCAUACCUCAGGACUUGGAGUUUCCACCUCGUCUUAAGUUACUACAUUGGGAGGUGUACCCAAGAAAGAGUCUCCCUAUGAAAUUUCAUCUCGAAAAUCUUGUCGAACUCCAUAUGCGCGAUAGCCAGCUCGAGAAGCUCUGGGAAGGAUCUCAGCCCCUCACAAAUCUCAAGAAGAUGGAUUUGGCAAUGUCGUGUCAUUUAAAAGAACUCCCAGAUCUUUCAAAUGCAACAAAUCUCGAGAGACUAAAUCUGAAUGACUGCGAGAGUCUGGUAGAGAUUCCAUCCUCUUUUUCAAAUCUUCACAAGCUAAAAGCGUUGAGCAUGUUUGGCUGCACAAAGCUAGAAGUCAUUCCAGCUCACAUGAACUUGGCAUCUCUUGAGUCGGUUGAUAUGACUGCAUGCCAAAGAUUGAGAAACUUUCCAGACAUCUCUAGGAACGUCUCAAAGUUCUCUAUCUCAGUCGAGGAACUAGACCAAGUGCCUGAGUCUAUCAGGCUUUGGUCUCGUCUUCAUGUUCUCACCAUAACCAGCAAAGGAAAACUAAAGUCCUUAACACAUCUUCCCCAAAGUGUAAGGCAUCUACACCUAAGCUGCAUUGGUGAGCAGAGGAUUCCAUAUUUCAAGAAAAGUCUCCAGCGGGUAGAACUUUAUCUAAACAGCUGCAGAAGUUCACUAGUUAGGGGAAAUUGUGAACUCAAGGAGGGACUUACUUGUCCUUAUGACACUCCAUACACGCAACUCAAUUACACGAACUGCUUCAAACUGGACCGAGAAGCACGGACAGCAAUUAUAACAAAACAUUUUGCUGAAGGCUGGGCUUGUUUACCUGGAGGAGAAGUGCCUGUAGAGUUCGAUCACCGAGCCAAAGGAAAUCGUGUGACCAUACAUCCCAUGAGUAACAUGUCUCUCACCAUUUUCAAGGUUUGUGUGGUGAUUUCUCCUAACCAGCAAACCAGAGAAUCGGAACAACUAGCGUGUCGGCGUAUAAGCAAAGGCAUUGAGGAGAUCAGUGUUUAUGCUAUUCCUAGGAUUCAAAGAAAACAUUUAUUUCUAUUUCCUUCAUACUUAUUGCAAGAAGCUACUGGCAGAGAGGUUGUGUUUGAAUUCAGCGGUGGAUUCGAGAUUGUUGAAUGCGGUGUCCAAAUUUGGAAGGAUGAAUCAGAAAGAAACCAAAGUGAGGAAGAAGAUGUCAGCAAUAACCAGCAGGACAAAUAUAACAUCAGCAAAGCUUGGGAGGAAGAAGAAGCUGAGGAGUAUGUGAAUCUGAAUCCAGCAAAGCGUACAAAGAGAUGAAACAUAUUGUACAACGAGAUGAAUUACGCUUAUGUGCCUUAAGUUUAAGUCUCUUUAGUUUUUUUCUUGUCUUGUCUUAGCUGAAUAUUAUACCAUUUCUUCUUCUUCACUCCA